GUCGCAGAUUGGGCACGGCACAGCACAGCACUAUCCAUCCAUCCAUCCAUCCCGGUUCCGAUCAAUCGAAUCGGGCGUUGUACGGAGCGGAACCGGCCAUGAAACGGAGGGCGGCCACCACCACGAAAGCUGGGGUCCCGGGGCACCCUCCCGCAGGCAGCGGCACGGGUGGCCCCGAACCCGCGGGCCCGCACAAGCACGCGUGCGAACACGAAUACACGGUCCUCUACUACAAGCGAAAGACCAACAAGGUCCACCGGUCCCGGGGGGUCUCCAAGCUCGACGGGACCCUCUCCCUCGCCGGCCCGGGGGGAAGCGGGACGGGGGCGCCGACCGCGACCCUCCGGUCCUCCGACACGGACAGGGUCGUCUUUAAGGGUGCCUUUCGCGGGAGGGCCCGGGAGGACGGCGAAAGGGGUGCCCCUCUACCCGGCCUGGUCCUGCGGGCCGACGAGACCGUUGCGGUCGGUCCCUACGAGGUGGAAAUCCUCUCCCGCGACGACAGAGGCAGCGGCAAAAGCAGCAGCAACGCCACCACCAACAACAGCAACAACAACUACAACAACAACAACAAUAGCAUCAGCAGCCGCAAACCCAUCCCGCUGAUGGGACGGGACCCCAAUCGAAUCCGAAUAGGGAAAAGAAGCACAAACAAGCCCGGAGUCCAGCGAAGCGGAAUCUCCGGGAUGCGGAGGGGAUUGCUGGGCACCAAGCGACCGCUCGCGGACGCGCUCCGCAAGCCCCCGUUGCAGCCCGGGGGAUCUAGCACGGCAAGGGCGGGCGGAAGCCGGGGCAGUGGCGAAAACGACGACGACGACAACGAUGAUUCGGGCAACGACGGCCACACCCACGGCGAAACGACCCCCUUCUCCUCCCCCGCGCGCCGGUUCCCGCUGCCCCCGCGGGCCGGGCCGAACGCGAGGCUCCCGGGCUUUCGGAGGCCCGGGCGGACCGCUUCCGGGCUCGGCAAGACCAGGCCCGGCCCCUCCUCCCGGGCGGGAACCGCAACCGCAGCGCCGACCGGGAACGCUUCUCCCUCCCUCUUCCCGGGCGCGGUGGGGAAUCCGGUCGUCCCGCACUCCAUCUCGAGCCGGCUGAGGCCGCACCAGGUCGAGGGGGUGGAGUUCCUUUGGAACUGCCUCACCGGAAACGGCGCGGUGGGGGAGCGCUCGCCGCAUGUUGGGGGGGAAGGAGCACAAAGGGCGUCGACCAGGGGGUGCAUCCUGGGGGACGGUAGGUGGCUCGUGGCUCGUUUCUUGUUGCUUGUUGCUUCUUGAUUGUUGCCUGUUGUUUCGCCGUCUGGUUCCUGCCUCUGUUUCUGGAAUUGAAGCGUCGCGUCCGUCCACUCACCCGUGAAUUCUUUGCGACACGCCCUUCUCUUGCCGUCUGGUUUCCAACGGCGACGCGAUCCGGAACACCAGAAAUGGGCCUGGGAAAGACCCUGAUGACGAUUGCGACGAUCUCGGCGCUUCACCGACAAAAGAGGACCAGCGUGAGUCACCAACCAAACAAAGACGCUUUCUUUCUGUAUUGGGUUCUUGCCGUCGUUUCGGUUCCGAUCCAUCGCGUCGCUCCCCAACCCACCAGCUAACAAACCAAGCACUCGCAACCUAACCUUAUUGACACAUCCCGUCUCUUCUAUCCACUCUCGCGAUCCCCUCGCUCCUCCAGAGGUUUGUCGUCGUCUGCCCGUCCUCCCUGGUCGGCAACUGGGAACGGGAGUUCGACAAGUGGCUCGGCAAGGUCGGCCUCCCGAAACGGGUGGUGGUCCGGAAGGGCGGGGAGGAGGGACUCUCGAGGCUCCGGGCCUUCCACGCAAUCAAGCCGGGAAACCCCUCGGAGGUCCUCAUCGUCUCCUACGACCUCUUUCGGACCAAGGCCGCGAUCCUCGAGAAGGUCCGGGGGGUGGCCCUCCUGGUCGUAGACGAGGGCCACCGCCUCAAGAACACGGCCGGCUCCCUAACCAUGACCGCCCUCGAGUCGCUCCCCUGCGAGGCACGCCUGUGCAUCACGGCGACGCCCCUCCAGAACAACCUCGGGGACGUCUACACCAUUGCCACCUUUGUCUGCCCCGGGGUCCUGGGGGACCUACCGACCUUUCGCAGGGAGUACGAGCGGCCGAUCAAGGCGGCCUCCCGGAAGAACCCCACCGCCGAGCAGAAGCGCGCGGGAAGGGAGGCCUCGAGGGUCCUGGAGGGGAUCCUCGGGUCGAUCCUGCUGCGCCGCCUCCAGAGGGACGUCCUGCGCAAGAGCCUGCCGCCCAAGAGCACCGUGCUGCUCUUUUGCCGGCCCACGCGCGAGCAGCGGGAGCUGUACGAGACCACCGCCGGUGGCCACGCCGGUGGCGGCCGGUCCACGGAACACCUGGUGGCCCUCUCCGGCCUCCGCAAGAUCUGCACCCACCCGGGCCUCCUCGCACCGGGCGAUUGCGCCGGGAGACGCAGCGGUCCCGGUGGGUCCGGGGCAUCGGGCAAGCUCUCGGUCCUGCGGAGGCUCGUCGAGGCCAUCCGGGAGCUGGCCCCGAACGACAAGAUCGUGGUGGUCUCGAACUUCACCAGCACCCUCGCCCUCGUGGAGGAAACCGUCCUGGGGCCGCUCGAGCUGGGCUUUCUCCGCCUGGACGGAUCCCUGGGCGGCCCCGAGCGACAGCCGCUGGUGGACGCCUUCAACCGGACCAGCGCCGAUACGAACUUUGCCCUCACGCUGAGCUCCAGGGCGGGCGGCGUGGGCCUGAACGUCACCGGUACGUCCCUUUUCCUCCGGUCGGCCUGGUUGUGGAUCUGCGUUGCUUUGCUUUGGUCUGCUUUGCUCUCCUGCUGAUUUCGUUGGGAGCCUCGCUGCAACUGCGAGCGGGCAAGGCCGGCACCCGUCGCCCGGUCCGCGUCGGUCCGAGAUGGUGCUCCCUCCCUGGAGCAUCUCCCCCCUAACGUCUUUUGUUUGUUUUUUUUGGCUUGUUUGGCAUCCCCGCUCAGGUGCAAACCGGCUGGUCAUGGUCGACCCUGACUGGUAAGUGCUUCUCCCCGCGGGGUGGGUUUGGCCGAACUACGUUGUUUUCUCACCGAUUCAUUGCUGCUGUUGUUCCUGUUAUUGUUAAUGUCGCUGUUGCUGUUGCUAUCACCUCAGGAACCCGGCAACAGACGUUCAGGCAAUGGCAAGAAUCUACCGGGAAGGACAGAAAAAACCGUGUUUCGUGUAUCGCCUUUUUACGACAGGUAAGCCUUCCGGAAAGCGCACACACCACACCGGCACCGGGGGGAGCCGGGAACCGAACCUGCGUCCAUUCUCACCCCGCCGUUGUUUGCUUUCCCAGGAACCAUCGAAGAAGUGAUUCUGCAAAAGCAAAUCCAAAAGGAAUCCCUUGCGACCUCGACGGUAGACAGGGCCCGCGCGUCCGGGAAGGACGACGGGUCCCGCUUGAAUGCCGACGAACUGAAGGAUUGUUUCACCCUCAAAGACGAGGCAUGCCGGUGCGAUACGAGGAGAAAGAUGGGGAACUGGCCCGACUAUGGUACGUAGAACGCGAGCCGUGGAUGGCACUGUCCUCCGGUCCGCUCUGGCAUCGCUCGUCUUUGUUUGCCGCGAGGUCGUGUUCUGACCCUUCUCCUUCUCUUGGUUUCAGGCGGAGCGGCGAGCCUGGCCGACCGGGGCUGCACCGAUCCGGUGUUGCUGGCGGUUGCGGCCGGAGAGGAACGCGAUGGCUCCCCUGUGCUUUCCUUCGUGCACGUUGUGGAGGAAGACAAAGAACAGGCCCUCCGAGACCCCACGAGAGGUGGGGGCAGCCGGGGGGGCGACGAAGAAAAACCCGAUACCGAUACCAAUUGCAACAGCGACGACGACGACGACGACGGCGAUUGCAGUCAUGGUGCCGGGGAACACCAGAAAGCUUGCUUUGAAAGUUCAAGCAGCGACGAGGAAUACGAAUUCGAAUGAAGCACCGGCCCUCGAAACGCCCGGAGAUUGCCGUUCACAAACCCGUCGUCACAAGCUCUUUCGAAUCCGAAUUGUAUACACCGCAUGAC